CCGCCCCCUCCAGCUCGUUCGCCAGUUCCGGUCACGUUGCUGGGUGUUUACGCCCGGAGCCUGCCCCGGGCCCCCCACCUCUGCGCCCCGGAGCCCCCCGAGCCCUGGCGUCCACCCCCCACAGCCUCGCAGCAGUUGAUGGCGCCGCAGCCUGGCCGCGCUCUGCGGAUCCAUGAGAGCAGCUAACGCGGGAGAAGAGCUCUUCCCGAGACCCAGCGAGGCCCGGGCCGGGCCCGGCGGCUCUCUCGGGUCCGCAGGUGGGGCCCAGGCCUGGGUUACCAUGGAUACCGUGUCCCUGGAGCAUCAGAUCCAGAGCGUACAACGCCACAUCAGCUUCCUGAAAAAGGAGCAGAUGGCCCUGCUUCGAGACCUGCACCUGGAGAUCCUGAGGCUGCAGAAGCGAUGCUCAGAGCUGACCCACGAUCUGGAGAUGAGAGAGGUCCAGUCUCACCAGCAAGAGGAGGCGUCGCGAGAGUUGGAGGACAAGUGCCGCGCGCUAGAGUUGGAGCUGGAGGCACGGGCGGCGGCCAACGCGGAGCUGCGGCGGGAGGUGGCGCAGCGGGAGGCGCUGGUGUCCGCGCUGCGCUGCAGCCUGCGCUCCGAGGAGCGCCGCUUUCUGGAGGAGCUGCGGCGCCGUAGCCAUCGCGCUACGGUGCUGGGCACCGAGCUGCAGAAGCACACCGAGGCGGCCGCCUACCUCUCCUGCCAGCUACACGCCGCGCGCCAGAGACUGCAGGCCCCGCGCUCGGGCGCCGCGGCCGCCGAGCCCCGGGCCCGCCGGCGUGCACAACGGGCCCGCCGCCCUCCCGAAGCGGCCAAGGGUCCGGGCCGGGACUGGGCGACCUGGGAAGACGUCGAUCCCAUGCCGGACCCCGCGCUCUUCCUCUACCCACGGAGGCCGCCGCGGCCCAGCGCCCGUGGCCCUCGCCCUCAGCUACGCCAGGAGCUGCGGGACCAAGACGCCCCGCACCCCGUGCCACACCAGGAGCCCCGGUACCAAGAAGGCCCACAGCGAGGGACCAGCGAGAGCCCAGCCGCCACGCCCAGCGCCCCAGGGGAUCCUGAGUAGGCGCUGAACAGGCAGUGGCAACUGGGAAAGCAGGCCGGGCCGGGCGGGAUCAGGGAUGGGGCGGAGUCCAGCCGGCAGAUCCGCCCCAGCUCGGCCACUCACUAGAGCCGCCCCCGCUUGUGUGUUUCCCGAGAUGAAUUCUCUUCUCCGGAGAGGGAGCUCCUUUGCAGAGGGAACGCCAAAGCAAUGCACCUUUUUUAUGGUGGACUGGCAGUAAUGACCCUAAUCUGUGUGCCCACCUCUGGAGAGGGAGGGUGGGGGGAGUGGAGUCUUGAUUGUCCCUGGAAAGCUGACAAUCCCUUGUAGGGCGGGAGAAGGCUGGGUCUGCCUGCAGAAAGGAACAUGGUGGCACUUGGCACCGCUAGGCCCUCAAGCUCCCCUUCCCUGCUUUCUCCCCUCCCAUACCCCCCUCCAGCCCCGCCCAAUCUUUUGCUCGGGAGAGGCAAGCUUAGGAGCUGGCAAGUGUACUCGGAAGUAGCUACUCCCCACCCACUGAUAAGUCCUUGAAGGUGAGCACGGAACACUUUAGAAUCUAUUUUAGAAGUCACGUCCUCUCAGAGCCGCUGUGUUCCUGGUGGCAGUUGACUUACAGAAAACAGUAAGGCUAGACCCUUGUAGCCAGUUGUGGAAGAGAAACUGAUUGGUUCUUCCCAGGUUUGUCAUGCAGGGGUGCAAGUGACUGGAGAUAGGCAAACUGGGGCUCAGAUUUGGCUUGGCAAGGACAGAAGGGCCUCUCACCCUUCUGUUCCUGAGGCCCCUGUAGAGACUUCCCAGUCCUGUUAUAGAUGCUAAGCUUGUCCAGCCUUCCAAACAGCUGGCUGCACCCAAAGGCAGGAAGGAGAGUCUGGCUUCUUGGAAGUGGCAGCUAGCCAGAGAAACGAUUUUUCUGGUUAGUCCUUGGUGGUGCCCAUCCCUGGAAAGGCCUCUAAGCCUGUAGAACCUGCUGAUAACGGGGUGGUCCUGUGUUGUUUGGAGGGGUAAACAGAGCAGAAUGGUGACACCUUCCUAAUUCUCCUCAAAGGCAGGAAGCUUCUGUCCAGCUCAUGAUUGGGCCCCAUGUCAGGGCCCCACUCCACCACUCCUGGUUUGACCUGCUUUGAGUCCUAAGUGCCUGUGAGGUCUUUCCACAUUGUGUGUGUCACCCAAGGUCUCUGAGGUAAGCAAACUGUCUCUGUAGUUGACAAACUUCUUCAGUCAUGGCCACCAGGAAGAAAAAGAAUUCCUGGCUCAUGUCCGCUGCUUUAUAAGAGGAAGCAGGAAAUUGGCAGGAAGCAAAAGGCAAUGAGCACACUCUAACCUGAUCCUGCACACAGACCCCUCCCCUGAAAGGCAGCUGAGGCCCCUGAGCAAUAACGAGGCCUGUGCUGAGCUGUCCUGCUUCUGGGAGCUGGAUGGCAGAAGCAGAACCCUGGGGUCCCUACCAGAGACCUCUACCCCUUCAGCCCAGUGGCAAUACCUGUCCCACUUGUCUCCCCUUAGUUUUAUGUCACUCGCUGCCCUGUCUAUCUGGAACCUGCCUGUGUGAGGUACUCACUCUGCUCCCUUGGAGGUGCCUGAAGGACAGCGGGAAAGGAAAGGUUCUUUCUUGGGUCACCUGCACAGACCUACAUCUCUUGCAACCAUACUUUUGGGGUGAACAGGGUGACUUUGUUAGGUUGACUUUUCUAGAGAGAGCUCUUUCUCAUCCAUCCACCCACUAAAAGCCAUAGUUACCCCCAACUAGCUUCCCUUUAAUCUAUAGCAAUAGCCUUCUUUCUUUUCUCUCCUGGGCACACAGGGUGUCCAGCUGCCUCUAUCAAACCCCAUCCCCAGGAUCAGACAGUCGCCUGCCUGCCCUUCCUCAAACGACCUUGCCCGUACCUCCCAAAUCCUGUUCCUCUGCUGACAGCAGAGGUAGUGAUAUUUGUCUGUGAGGUGUUUGAAAAGCUUCCAGAUGGAAGGGUGUAAGGGCAUCUGGGUACCAGUGGAGAUCUUGGGGUGAGAGCGGAUGGUGCAACUCUUCCAUCACUGAAAGGGAUAGAGAGACCUAGGCAGAUACAGGAUUCUGGUCUUAUCAGAACUCCCUUUCCCUCUUGUGGAAAUAAUGAAAGACUCCCUUCAUGGGUCAACAGGCAAGGACUCCCUCAGGCUCCCACUCUGGGACAGGCCCCACCCUCAGCUUCCACCUCUUCCCUUCCUAGACCUGGCUAUGGGAACCCACCUGAUCGAAGGAAAAACACCAGCCACAGCCCAGGAAUGACCCAGUGGCCAAGAAGGGAAAGGGCCAUUUAAUCUCUCUCCUUUGUUGUACACAUCCCCACUGAGAGACUGAGACGGUUCAUGGGGACACUGAGUCCUUAGGGGUGCAAGUGUAGACAGAAGGAAGAGCAGCAGUGGAGUCCUACAUCCUAGAAGCCAUCCAGGAACGAGUGAGCGAUGCAGGCCAAGGUUCUGCAUCCUUCAUCACUGCAUCCUCGCCAAGGCAACCUGUUCUUUGGGAGACCAGUUCUGGGCCAAGAUGGGGGAGCUCAUCCCUAUACAAGCAGCAGGAUAGAGUCAUCCUGGAUGGAGGUGAAAGGGAAGGAGGCCAGAGAGUGUGAAGCAUCUUCUCAUUUGGGGGCCAGGGUCUCCUAAGCACCCUUUCACACUGAUGUGCCAGCCUCCAAUGGGAGACAAUGCAGGGCGGUCAGAUCCUGCUCCAAAUUCUCUGUUGGCUGCGCUUUUUAAUCCAAUGCUUUUCAGAGUGUAUUCACUCACCUACAGAAAUAGAGCCCUUGCUUUAGGGGUGACUGUCAUAUGCCUUAUUCUUAAUAAAACGUUUGGAAAACAUGGA